AACAAAACAACAACGCAUGUUUCGCUCUCUCUCUCUCCUCUCCCCCGCACUUAGCUCAAACUAACGCCAACUCUAUUCACUCUUGGACUCUUGUUCUUCGUUUUCAUCAUCUCCGAUCUUGUUUGGUUCACCAGAAAGCCUCUGCGACCCGUUAGAUUCGCUUACCGGAAUGGCUUCAACGGUUGGAUCAGCCGCCGAGAGCCUCUCCAAGCUCCACAUCAAUGGCGAUUGGGCCUCCUCUUCUCCCAAUCUCCUCAACAAUCUCUCCCUUCUCUCUCCUCACCAGAUUGAGAUGGCGAAGAUGUUGUUGGAGAUGGGUCAGAGUCAUCUGUUCGAGCAUUGGCCCGAGCCUGGCAUCGAAGAUGAUGAGAAGCGAGCUUUCUUCGAUCAGGUGGCUAAACUUGAUGCAAGCUAUCCAGGGGGGUUGGUUUCCUAUAUCAAAACUGCUAGAAAACUCUUAGCAGAUUCAAAAGCUGGGAGGAAUCCAUUUGACGGCUUUACACCUUCUGUCCCAUCAGGAGAGUCUCUGACUUUUGGGAAUGAUAACUUUGUUCAAUUUGAGGAGACUGGUAUCCGGGAAAUGAAGAAUGCUGCAUUUGUUCUUGUUGCAGGGGGACUUGGUGAACGUCUUGGAUACAAUGGAAUUAAGGUGGCUCUUCCUCAAGAGUCUUCCUCUGAAACAUGUUUCUUACAGCAUUUCAUUGAGUCCAUUCUAGCUUCACAAGAAGCUAGCUGUAAACUAGUGGAAGGUGGAUGCCAAAGACAGAUUCCUUUUGUUAUAAUGACAUCUGAUGACACACAUGCACGUACUUUAGAGCUGUUGGAAUCAAAUGAUUAUUUUGGAAUGACUCCUACACAAGUAAAACUUCUAAAGCAGGAAAAAGUUGCUUGCUUAGCUGAUAAUGAUGGGAGACUUGCUGUGGACCCAAAAAAUAAAUAUAUAAUUCAGACGAAACCUCAUGGCCAUGGUGAUGUUCAUUCACUUCUUUAUUCUAGCGGUCUUCUAAACAUAUGGCGUGAUGCUGGCAUGAGAUGGGUUCUGUUUUUCCAAGAUACAAAUGGACUUCUCUUCAAGGCAAUUCCAGCAUCACUGGGUGUAAGUGCCACCAAACAAUACCAUGUUAAUUCCCUUGCUGUGCCUCGCAAAGCUAAAGAAGCUAUUGGAGGAAUUGCCAAACUCACUCACGCAGAUGGUAGGACGAUGGUGAUUAAUGUGGAAUACAAUCAGCUUGAUCCUUUGCUUAGAGCAACUGUAAAUCCUGAUGGUGAUGUCAACUGUGAGACAGGCUAUUCUCCUUUUCCUGGAAACAUAAACCAAUUGAUUCUUGAACUUGGCCCCUACAUUGAAGAGCUAACAAAGACUGGUGGUGCUAUAGAGGAGUUUGUUAACCCUAAAUACACAGAUGCUACCAAAUCAUCAUUUAAGUCGUCCACACGAUUAGAGUGUAUGAUGCAGGACUAUCCUAAAACAUUGCCUCCAACGGCUAGGGUUGGAUUUACGGUGAUGGAUAUUUGGCUCGCUUAUGCACCUGUGAAGAACAACCCUGAGGAUGCUGCUAAGGUACCAAAGGGAAAUCCAUAUCAUAGUGCUACCUCUGGGGAAAUGGCUAUAUAUCGGGCGAACAGCCUCAUACUUAAGAAGGCUGGUGUUAAGGUUGAAGAUCCAGUCCUUCAGGUGUUCAAUGGACAAGAGGUGGAAGUAUGGUCACGUGUCACUUGGAAGCCCAAAUGGGGACUUACUUUCACAGACGUUAAAAACAAAGUUAGUGGAAGCUGUUCCAUUUCUCAGAAAUCUACCUUGGUCAUUAAUGGCCGUAACAUCUUUCUCGAGGAUCUCUCCUUGGAUGGGGCUCUUGUCAUCAACUCCAUUGAAGAGGCAGAGGUAAAAGUGGGAGGUUCAGUGCAAAACAAAGGUUGGAUCCUUGAAAAUGUUGAUUACAAAGAUACAUCAGUACCGGAGGAAGUGAGGACCCGGGGUUUCAGAAUAAACAGGGUUGAGCAGUUGGAAAAGACUUACAAUGAGCCCAGAAAGUUUUGCUUGAAGCCUUGAAAGGUGAUUCUACCAAAGAGAUGACACUAUUCAUUCUUCUAUUUUAAUUCAAAAACUAUUAUUUGAUGCUUAAUAAGUUGUCUUCAUGUUCUGUAGCAGUCACAUUCUGUUAUGUGUAAUUCUUGUAGCAGCCCAAAAUAAAUCUUCCAUUCUCUUUUUUGUAACUUUAUUAGGAGUAGUUCUGUGUGUUGGGCUGCUAGGUUUGAAAGUUAUUAGGUUAUUAUUUCAUUUUCUUCUUCUUUUUUCUUGCCUCAGUUUUGCAUAAAUGAACUCUAAUUUGGGGGAA